AUGUCCACCAUCUCAGACAACACCACACACACAACAUCCAACGAAACAAACUCACAUACCACGUCAUACUCUUACGCAAGGAUGAACAUGGCCACAGACAGCAGGGCCUCAAACACACAUACAACCAUAGACGACAUGGAAAGCUUCUCCUCCAUGCUCACCACCAUCACAACAGCAUCAUCCCUAACAUCCCUUUAUACAACUUCAAACGACAGCCUUGUCUCCUCAGAAGACGAACACAGCAGCUCCUUGGCUACCACCACCGACUCCUGGACCGAAUGUGAUCUCGGCCCCAUCCCGGAGUCCAACAGCACUAUGUCGAACUGGCCUCUUUAUAUUCAACAGACACCGUGGGAGCUUGACUCCGACACUGAAAGCGAAGACGCAGUUCUCAACCCCCACUGCCCAACCAUCACCUUGACUACCCUCACCCUGGCUACCCUCAGCAGCACGCGUGUAUCUCCGUGCAGGGACCACAGCGUGCCUCUCGCCCUCGGCGAAAACCUGGUGAUUCAGAGCCCUAGUUUUACAACCAACGAGCUCAUAAUGGAUCCGACGCCAUGGACCCGCCUUACCCUCGUGACCAGGCUUCUUACUCGAGAUAUUCAAGCCCAAACCCAGGAUACGCCCUGGACAAAACUAUCGACCGCGUAUCCCCGAGUUGAAAUUUGGGGUGGUAAGAAGGCCGGGUACGCGACGCUCUGGCGCAUCGAUCGGGUGUUCCGAAACCAUGGGGUCUGUAUCCGUGGGUUCGGGCUGCAUGCGGGGUAUCUUUCCGGCCUUGCGCGGCUGGUUUGGGUGCCUGUUUUUCGGUUGGAGGCGGCGAGUGAGGUCCCUGUUAGGGCUUGGAGGGGCGCUGUGAGGGAGGUUGGGUUAGCUGGGGGGUGGGAUUUGGGGUUGGAUGGGGAGGGCCAGGUGGAGGUUGAUGUUGAUGUUGAUGUAGAUUUUGGUCGUGGGUGGUUGGAUAUCGAUGGUUUGACUUUUUCUUCUUCGUCUUCUCUUGAGGGUGGGGAUAGGGAAGAGAGGGCUAGGGAGUGUUGGAUUUAUGUUGGGGGUAGGGGUUAG